CACGAUUCACCUCAUCACGUCUUCUCAGUAUGUCAGAUAUAUCCCUGCUAAUUUCAGGCUUCCAAUUCAAACAGGUCCUCCAAUCGGAUCCACAGACUAAGAACAUUGCUUUGCUCGGAACUAUCAACAACGAGAACGCAAUUGUAUCUUUGGAAAAAUCCCAUUUCUUCAUCUCGAACGAUACGGUAGAUAUCAACCAAACCGUCCAGGAAUUGCAAUUGAUCCAAAACAAUGACGUGUACUACUGGUCGGCGGCCUCAUUGGUUCAAAAGCUCCCCGAUUUACCUGCUGCUAAGUUGAACUUGAUCUACCCGGCCACCGAAACACACAUCCAGAAACUAAGUACUCAAGUAUCCCAUUACGUGCUUGAAACUCCCCAAAUGUAUCAGGAAUUUGCCGUUUCCUACAUCGAGUCAAUGAAGGGCGAUAGAAUCAAGUGGGUCUACAAUAUCUUGUUCGAAGGUAAGGAGAGCGAGACAUUUGUGUACCAUGACAAAGACCCUGAGACAGGGUUUGUUCUUCUUCCAGACAUGAAGUGGGAUAGAGUCAGUAUGGACUCGUUAUACCUCUGCUGUAUUGUCAACAGAACAGAUAUUUCUUCCGUCAGAGACUUGAAUGCUUCCCACGCUUCUUACUUACAAGCCUUGAGAAACAAGAUUCUUGAGGUUACCUGUGAAAAGUAUAACAUUCAACCCGAUCAGUUGAGACUAUUUAUUCACUAUCACCCUUCCUACUACCAUUUCCAUAUACACUGUGUGACCAUCAAGCAUCCGGGACUUGGAAACGGUAUCAACGUUGGGAAAGCCAUUUUGUUGGAUGAUGUCAUUGAAAAUAUCCAGUUGGCCAGCGACUACUACCAGAAAAAAACCAUUGGUUUCAUUUUGGGAGAAAACCACGGGCUUUGGAACGUAGACGGCUACAGAAACGCCCAUUUGCAACACUGAUAUAUUUUGAAUACAUAAACUCGUUAAUAAUUGAAUUCACUGCUACUGGCCUUGACAGCCAUCCGGGCCAUAUGAAGCAUUUUCUGCCGUGGAUCGAGCUUUCUGGUUCGUUUGGAUUUGUCUCCACUAUCUUUUGACUGGUUAUUGCCAAAGCUUCUUCCUAGCUUCUUGGGAUUCUCUCGCAACCCGAAAGCCUUUGCCAAAUGUCCCAAAUGCAAUUCCUUGACAUUAAAAAAGUUUCUUUCCGAAGACAAGUGAGUAGCAUAAGCUCUGAUAUGAGAGGUGAAGGCCAAGGUAGCCUUGUCGUGAACCCCCAGAUCUUCAAGAAUCCAUCUCUCAAUAUUCAAGUGCCAAGUAGUGGCAUGGAUGUCCCAUUUUCCCCGACCUUUUGCUGAGUCGGGUUCACUGUACGCUUUCUUCAAGAGCUUCUCGUACCCUUCGAUUUUCAAACUUCCUUUGGGGUGAACAAUCGAGAGUUUGGCGUCAAUAUAGGUUUCUUCAAUCCCAGGUAACAAGAAUAUACUGGCACUACCCUCGUUACCAACUCUGGCUGAUCUUCCGAUUCUGUGCAAAUGGUCUUCAAUGGAAAAUGGGGGAUCGUAUUCCACCACCUCGGAGAUAUUGGGCAAGUCCAACCCACGAGAUGCCACAUCUGUACAGAAUAAAAUCGAGUGUUUAUACACUGAGCUGUCUUUGACAAACCCUUGUAAAGUCGAUGUUCUUUCUUGUUGGGUCAU